AUUAGAUUACAGGUACCAAAACGUGCAUCGGUGCAGUUUGGCUUUGACAUAACCCCUUUCUUUGCGACGCAAACGCAAUAAGCAGCGCUUUGAUUUGAGCCUCAGCGAAAAAAAGGAAGAGUGAAGAAAAAUCCCUGAAACCCACGUGUUCCAGUGGCACUGCCUUUCAAAUUUGCGACCUUCUCAGUCAACUAUCUCAUUUCAAACUGCAGUAACACACGCUGCACAUGAACACAGGCAACACAACAUGCUUCUGUCCUCAAUACUCGGAGCUUUCACUAGGCGAGUGGGUUCCAUAAGAACCCUCUCUUCACAAACAGAAAUGAAAGACUUUCUGGAUUAUAUCAAUUCCCUAAAAAAUUAUGAGAAAUCAGGAGUUCCCAGAGGUGCAGGCACCGAUUCGGACCAGGGUUUCGAUCUCGCUAGAAUGAAACGCCUCAUGGAGCGUUUUGGUAAUCCUCACUGCAGCUUCAAGGCGGUCCAUAUUGCUGGAACUAAAGGAAAAGGAUCAACAGCUGCAUUUAUAUAUAAUAUUCUGAGGACUGAAGGUUAUUCUGUUGGUUGUUACACUAGUCCACAUAUCCUGACCAUCAGGGAGCGCAUUUUACUAGGAAGAUCAGGCCACCCGGUGUCGGCGAAAUUGUUGAAUGAUCUCUUUCAUAGGAUCAAGCCGGAUCUUGACCAAGCAAUGAAAGAGGAAAAUGGUUGCAUAAGCCAUUUUGAGGUUUUCACUACGAUGGCAUUCCUCCUAUUUGCUGAUGAGAACGUUGACAUUGCUGUUAUUGAGGCUGGGUUAGGGGGUGCACGCGAUGCAACAAAUAUUAUAUCCAGCUCUGGACUUGCUGCAUCAGUGAUAACCACUGUAGGUGAGGAACAUUUGGAAGCUCUUGGGGGUUCUCUGGAAACAAUUGCAAUGGCAAAGGCAGGAAUUAUAAAACAAGGCUGCCCAUUGGUGUUGGGUGGACCAUUUGUCCCUCAUAUAGAGCGCAUUAUUCGAGAUAAAGCUGUAACCAUGGAUUCACCGGUAGUGUCUGCAUAUGAUUCUGGGAAUAGGUGUACUGUAAAAAGUUUCAGCAUACUCAAUGGAAGACCCUGUCAAAUUUGUGAUAUAGCAAUACAAGUUGGGAAAGACUUGAAAAUGUCCUGCGAGUUACUUGAUGUGAAGCUGCUAAUGCUUGGAGAUCACCAACUUCAAAAUGCAACUACUGCUACUUGUGUGGCACUUUGUCUUCGUAAUUUAGGAUGGAGUAUUUCUGAUGAAUCUAUCAGGUCUGGUUUAGAGCAUACGUACCUCCUUGGGAGGAGUCAAUUUCUAACAUCUGAAGAAGCUGAGGUAUUAGGACUUAGUGGAGCAACAGUACUGCUUGAUGGAGCCCACACCAAAGAAUCUGCCAAGGCACUGAUGAAUACAUUAAGGAUGGCAUUUCCCAAAGCUCGAUUGGUUUUUGUUGUUGCGAUGGCAAGUGACAAAGACCGUGUGGGUUUUGCUCGAGAGAUUCUCUCAGGUUUACAUGUGGAGACUGUCCUUUUGACAGAAGCUUCUAUUGCUGGAGGUGUAACUCGAACAACUCCAGCAUCUUUGUUGAGAGAUUCUUGGAUUAAAGCUUCUGAUGAGCUUGGCAUUGGGAUUGUUCACGAUGGAAUGACAGAAUAUAGCGAGUUAUUAAAGGAACAGCAAAAGGGUGAUGGUAAGACCAUAUUGGCCACUGAGUCAUGUUUAAAGGGUUGUUUGAGAACUGCAAAUAAGAUUCUAACUAGAAGAGGGGAUGAAAAGGGUGUUAUUGUCUUUACUGGCUCUCUGCAUAUAGCAGCUUCAGUCUUGGCUUCUCUUGAUGGAUAAUGGGGUUUUGUAGUGCAGCUACCGAAACGGAAUUCCCUUACAAUACAAACCAAAAGUAAAGGCCAAAUGGGAUCUUGGAUGCCUUUAUAUCAAUGUUUUAAAACUCGGCUUGGACCAAUCGAGACCCAGGUACAUAACUUGUUCAAGCUGAGAGUUGAAUCAAUCAUGCAAGUAAUCCAGUGAUUAUGUCAUCAAAUUGGUUAAAACCAUUGAAAACUUGGAUUGAACCACCAAAUAUUCGGACUAGGUGAACCUUUCUUUAAUUUUUAUUUGUUUGUUGUGCUGUGCUACUUUAUUUCUUAUUGAAUUUUGAAUCGAAUGGUAUUUAAGUUUUUUUUUUU